CCAGACACCGAUAUCUCCACUCUGCUAGCCACCACAGCUUCCAUAACAGAUUUCCAACGCGUCCAACACACCCCACAACACGUUCUGUUUCUCUCUUCCAACCGCCAUCGAUAUACUCACAGUGAAUGGAAUCAGCGCGUCUACACACAUCUCCUCCUCAUCCCCUCCGGCACUGUGACUUCCUACGCAACCCUCGCACGCCACUUGUCUUCCUCGCCCCGCGCUGUCGGCGGCGCGUUACGCAGAAACCCCUUUGCACCACACGUGCCCUGUCAUCGCGUCAUUGCAGCAAACGGGUUUGUAGGAGGUUUCAUGGGGGACUGGCAAAAAGCACCCAGUGGCAUCAAUCAAUCCGAGAAAUUGAGAUUGUUGGAAGCAGNNGAAGGGGUGGAGUUUACGACAGAGGGGAAAUUGGUGCUCAGAGAGGGGGUUUGGUUUAAUGGACCUUUUGGAUGC